UUUCAUAUAAAUUUUUUAGAUGAUAUAUAUUACAUCUACUAAAGUAUUAAAAAGGAAAAAUAUAUCUUUGGUUUCUCUCUCUCUUUUUCUACACAGCUUUGAUGCCACCCGUUAUACUCUCCUACCCUUCUCUCUCACCCUCUCCCUCUCCUCAUCCCCUCAGUACCUACAGGAGCUCCGCUUCUCUUCGAGCUAAUAAAUUUGCUGAUACUCAUUUUGCUACGAAAACUACUCUUAAUGGCGCUACUAUCUCCAGCAAUUCAUCUACUAAGGUUACUAAACCGACCCACAUCCUCUCCCUGCUCACCACCUACACGCGCGCCGGCCUUAUGGACGACGCGCGCAAGUUGUUCGACGAAAUGCCCGAAAGGAAUCUUAUAGCAUGGACUGUACUGAUGUCCGGCUAUUCUCUCCAUGGCCCCGCCUUCGAGGCCGUUUCCCUCUUCCGCGACAUGCUGCGGCGGCAACCGCCUCUGCGGCCAGACCCCUUUGUUUUCUCCGUAGUACUACGAGCCUGCUCUCUCGCCGGAAGCCUCAAUCAUGGCCGGGAACUGCACUGCAUGAUACUAAAGCUGUUCUAUAUUGAGGACCUGUUUGUCGCCAAUGGUCUCGUCAGCAUCUACGCGAAUUGCGGGUCGAUCACUUACUCUGAGCUUGUCUUUCUUAGAAUCCGGCGGCCGGAUUUGGUUUCGUGGACCUCGAUGUUGAGUGGGUACAUGAAAAACGGGCUCGAUGAUGACGCUCUUGAGCUCUUCAAUGAUAUGGCUUGGAGAGGAAGCCGCUUCGAUGCUUUCGCUCUCUCUGUCAGUCUAAAGGCUUCCAGCAAUCUGGGUUGUGUACGCUCAGGGAUUCAGAUUCACUGCGUUAUGAUCAAGAUGGGUUUUACUUCCUGCCUCUUCUUGCAGAACUGCGUGAUCGAGUUCUAUGGAAGAAUCGGUGAAUUGGUCGCCAUGAAACAAGUUUUCGAUAAGCUGGAUGGAAAGGAUUUGGUUUCUUGGAACACCGUAAUUGAAUGCUAUGCUUACAAUUGUUGUCACGGACAGGCUCUAUCGCUAUUCCGCAUAUUGAUGGAUGAAGAUUUGAUAUGUGAUAGGUUCACUUUGGUCAGCAUUCUUCAGGCUGUCGCGGCCUUAGGAGCUGUCGAUCAUGGUAAGGAAAUUCAUGGCUACUUAAUCAGAACCGGCUUCGCGUCGGACACUCAUGUGAUCAGUGCUCUUCUUGAUAUGUACAUCGAGUUUGGAUCGUUGAAUGACGAAUGCAAUGUGGUUCCUCUUAAACUUUUCACACAUUUUCUAUCAACUGGAGCAAAAGUAGAUGAGUUUAUUUUCGCCAGCACUUUGAAGCACUGUGCUGUUCGCCUUGAUCUAGAGACAGGGAGGUUGAUUCAUGCUUGCGUUGCGAAGCUUGGAAUGGAUUCAGAUGCACAUGUGGUCAGCUCGUUGAUCGACAUGUAUUCCAAGUGCGGAAUUUUAGAUUCAUCUUAUUGCCUUUUCUCAAGAAUCGAGCAUCCCGAUGUGGUAACAUGGUCUUCAAUAAUCUCAGGGAGCUGUUCUAAUGGUCAGUUCGAAAAAGGUUUGCAGCUCUUCAGGAGUAUGCAGUUGGAUUACAUCAGAGCAAAUGAAUUCACUUACACAUCUGCUCUUAAAGCCUGCAUUGCUUCGAGAGAUAUUCGACGGGGAGCGGAGAUUCAUUGCAACUUAAUUAGAAAUGGUUAUCUGUCGAAUCUCUCUGUCAUGAAAACCCUCAUCAACCUCUAUUUGGAGGUGAGCCAAAUCGAUCGAGCUCUCAGCUUAUGCUCAUUGAUACCGCAGAAUGAGAAUUCGUGGAAUCAGUUCAUUCAAGCAUUUGCAAAACUCAACAACCACAAAGGGAUCCUCGAGCUUUUUCACCGCAUCCAAUGCUCUAAUGGGCAGUUAGAUCAUUCAUUGGCCCAUUUGGUCCUCGAUUCCUGUGGGAAUCUAUUGCUUCUCAAUAUGGGCCUUCAGGCACACGCCUACAUUACAAAGAGAGGAUUUGCAUCGAACCACAAAGUAGGCAAUGCUCUUAUUAAAAUGUACUCCGAUUUUGGAAUACUUUCACAUGCCAUCGAUGCUUUUAACCAGAUGCCAGAGAAGAGCUCAUCUUCUUGGGCCGCCAUUAUUGCAGCAAAUGUUGAUAAUGGCUGUCCAUCUAAAGCUCUUGAGCUCUUCAUUCAAAUGGUAAGGAAGGAUAAGUCUCCGAAUUCCAAUACAUUUGUUUCUGUGCUCAAGGCUUGUGCACAAAAAGGACUCAUAGACGAAGCCUUUCAUUUAUUUGUAUUGAUGAGGAAAGUUUAUCAGAUAGAUCCCUCGGCCGAACAUUAUUACUCGAUGGUCGAGGUUUUGGGGCGUGUUGGGAUGUUCAGAGAGGCAGAGCACUUUAUCGAGAGAGUAAUUCCUUGCGAAUCUGGCACUGCAGCAUGGAAGGCACUUCUUUCUUCAGGUCUAGUACAUGGUAACACGAAUGUUGCUAAGACGCGGCAUGGAAGGUUCUAGAACUUGAACCAACUAAUUUAAGGCAAACAUAUUUCUUAAGAACAUCUUUGUAAAUUCUCGUGAAUGGAGUGAUGCAUGGAUGCUUGUAUUUUGGGAGUAAGGAGAUGUGAAGAUUUUUGUUCUGUUCUUAUGACUAAUAGGAUGAGAAAUAAAUAAUAGAUGAUUCAUCAUUCGGACAAGUAGCAGAACAUCAACAAGGGGAAUCAUAGAUGAAGACAUCAAAGAUUGGAGGUAUAGCUGCAACAUAGGUGGUACAGAUGUUUUCUUUUUGAAUGCUGUACAUAAAGUGUUCAUUUCAGGCAGUAUAAAGAAGUGAGUUCUUUCAUUUUCUAUUGACACCCACUUACUGGGCGUUUGGGAAAGUAAUUCUAUGUUUGAACAAGAAUAUUAUGCCUAGAGAACAUUUCAACCAUCUUCCAUUUCUC